AUGAUUUCGAAUCAAAUUUUAUUCUGGAUUAAGAAUCCAGUGUCAAGUGCAGGGGAAAAUAUUGAUGGAAUCUGUUACGUCAGGUUAAUUGAUGAAAUACAGCAAGCUCAUGUUUAAUUGAUAUUCGUUGCAAUUGAAUAUUCCAAAAUAUUACAUAAACGAUAAGUAAUAUUAAAUUUUAAUAUUUGAUUCCAUUUGAUGUAAAUAACCCUUAAAUGAUUCCAGAGAAGUUAUUGGAAAAAAAUAAGCAAAUUUAAAUUACUUUAGAUUCUCCAAGAAAUUUUAAAAUGUAAAUUAAUCCCAAGAAAAAAUAUGAAUUACUUAAUGGAACUAUGUUCUAAAUUACUAGACAAUAUGGAGUGAAUGAUGAUUACACUCAUAUAUAGGAUCUCUAUAGAGGAAAAAUUUAAAGUGGAGAUUAUAAACUACCGUUUUAAGUUCCUACUAAGUUUGGUAUGAAUUCUAGUUUUUGUUAUAAAAAAUCUGAUGGUAUAAUUUGAUUAAUAAAUUUAGGAUAGUAAUAGGCUAAAAUAUAGUAUAAAAUCUACUUAAAAAUAAGUGAUUCAUAAUCGAAUUAAGUGAUAAUAUAAAAUAGUAUACCAGUGUAUAUCAAUAGUAGAUAUAAAUAAAUUGAGCAAAAGCGAGAAAGUGAAGGUAAUAUUGUUUAGUUCUUCUGUAUACAUCGUGGGAUGAUUGAAUUAAGGAUCAGAACUGCAAAAAAUUUAUAUAAACCUGGAGAGGUUUUAGAAUUAGAAUAUAUAUUAAAUAGUACUAGAUCUUAAAGAUAAAUAACAAAAGUGGAAGUGAAAUUAAACCAUUUUUUAAGUUUUACUGAUGAUGAUGAAAAUGAGAGACAAAUAGAAAAUAAAAUAUUAUAUUCUAAUAUUUUACCUGGGAUUGCUUCAGGAAAGAGAAGUGAAAUAUUAAAAUGUUCUAUUACAAUUCCAAAUGAUUUAAAAGCAACUGUCAAAAUGUAGUUUAUUCAUAAUCGUUACAUCUUAUAAGUAGAGGCAUUUGCUGUAAUUAUAAAUUAUUUAUAAUUAAGGAUGGAUUGCUAACUAAUUUGGCUGUUCCAGUGAUCUGCUAAAUUCCUAUUAUAAUUUUAGAGAGAAGAUAAUAAGAAAAGCUGAAUCUCAUUGAUUGGAAGUUUAAUAAUUAAUACCAAGAGAAUAAUUCAUUUUACUAAUUCACAUCUUAAUAAUAAUAAUUAUUUAAUUGA